AUGGCUUCACUGCCCGACCCAAGCCAGAACUUGGCUCUUGAGCUUCAAGAUGGCUAUGUAUGCUUCGGAAACAGCUUCGGUGCUGAAAAGAGCAUUUCUGGAGAACUCGUCUUCCAGACUGGUAUGGUCGGCUACCCCGAAUCAAUCACAGAUCCUUCCUACCGAGGCCAGAUCUUGGUCAUUACAUUUCCUCUAGUCGGCAACUAUGGUGUGCCCUCGAGAGAGGAGAUGGACAGCCUGCUGGAGGGCAUUCCAGCCAACUUUGAGUCCAGGGAAAUCCACAUUGCUGGGUUGGUGGUUGCCACAUACGCUGGAGAAAAGUACUCACAUCACUUGGCCACCUCUUCGCUGGGCGCAUGGCUCAAGGAGCAGGGCGUGCCCGCCAUCACAGGCGUCGACACGCGAGCGCUGACGAAGCGCAUCCGAGAGGAGGGAAGUAUGCUGGGACGUCUUCUACAAAGGACCGGCCCAACACCCUCAUCAACCGCCCUCACCAAUGGCGCGGUCAACACCCAGACCCUCGCCGACGGUGAGGUGGACUGGAGGUCUAGUUUCGAGCAGAUUGAGUGGUUGGACCCCAACACCAAGAACUUGGUUGCAGAAGUUUCCAUCAAAGAGCCCAAGCUCUGGUCCCCCGACCCUGCCACUGCCCUCAAGCAUCCCUCCGGCCGCCCCGUACGUGUCGUCACCGUUGACGUCGGCCUCAAAUACAACCAGCUGAGAUGCCUGGUAAAGCGAGGAGUCGAGGUACUGCAGGUACCAUGGGACUACGACUUCCCUCAGCUUGCUGGCAAGGACUAUGACGGUCUCUUCAUCUCCAACGGCCCUGGUGAUCCAGCCAUGAUGGAGUCCACAGUGAAACACAUCAAGGCGGCCAUGGACGAAGCACGGACACCAAUUUUCGGUAUCUGUCUUGGUCACCAGUUGCUGGCCCGCGCAGCGGGUGCUAGCACUAUCAAGAUGAAGUUUGGUAACCGCGGUGCCAACAUUCCCUGCACCAACUUGCUCACCGGCAAGUGCCACAUUACAUCGCAAAACCACGGUUAUGCGGUCGACUCCAAGACGUUGCCCAAUGGCUGGGAGGAGCUCUUCGUGAACGCCAACGACAAGAGUAACGAAGGCAUUCGACAUGUGCGCAGGCCCUACUUCAGUGUGCAGUUUCAUCCAGAGCACACUCCCGGUCCACGCGAUACCGAGUACCUGUUUGAUGUCUUCAUCAGCACUAUCCAAAAGGCCUUGGCCGCAUCUGAAGUCAUGUCUCAGGCAGUCGAGUUCCCUGGUGGCACUUUCGAGGAAAACAGGAAGCUUACCCCAAGAGUGGACGUCAAGAAGGUGCUUGUGCUAGGAAGUGGAGGCUUGAGCAUCGGUCAGGCUGGAGAGUUUGACUACUCUGGCAGUCAGGCCAUCAAGGCCUUGAAGGAAGAGGGUAUCUACACCAUCUUGAUCAACCCCAACAUCGCUACAAUUCAAACUUCCAAGGGCCUUGCCGACAAGGUCUACUUCCUACCAGUCAACGCAGACUUUGUGCGCAAAGUCAUACAGAAAGAGCGACCUGACGGUAUCUACGUCACCUUUGGUGGCCAGACUGCACUCCAAGUCGGUAUCCAGCUGAAGGAUGAGUUCGAAGGUCUGGGUGUCAAGGUGCUCGGAACCCCCAUCGAAACCAUCAUCACUACUGAAGACCGAGAGCUCUUUGCACGAAGCAUGGAGUCCAUUGGAGAGAAGUGCGCCAAGUCAGCCUCGGCCAAUAGUGUGGAGGAGGCCAUGCGUGUCGUAAAAGACAUUGGUUUCCCCGUCAUCGUCCGGGCUGCCUACGCCCUGGGAGGUCUCGGCAGUGGAUUUGCAAACAACGAAGCAGAGCUGCUUGACCUUUGCAACAAGGCUUUCGCUGCCAGUCCCCAGGUGCUGAUCGAGCGAAGUAUGAAGGGCUGGAAGGAAAUCGAGUACGAAGUCGUCCGUGACUCCCGAGACAACUGUAUUACGGUUUGUAACAUGGAGAACUUUGAUCCUCUCGGUAUUCACACUGGAGACUCUAUUGUGGUGGCACCCUCGCAAACCCUUUCGGACGCUGACUACAACAUGCUCCGAACAACAGCCGUGAACGUCAUCCGCCACCUUGGUGUUGUUGGUGAAUGCAACAUCCAGUACGCCCUGAACCCUUUCUCCAAGGAGUACUGCAUUAUCGAAGUGAACGCCCGUCUUUCGCGUUCUUCCGCUCUUGCCUCCAAGGCGACUGGCUAUCCUCUUGCUUUCGUCGCAGCAAAGCUUGGUCUCAAUAUUCCUCUCAAUGACAUCUCCAACUCCGUCACGCGCGUUACGUGCGCCUGCUUUGAGCCGUCGCUCGAUUACGUCGUGGUCAAGAUCCCCCGCUGGGAUUUGAAGAAGUUCACCCGUGUGUCGACACUUCUCGGUUCAUCCAUGAAGAGUGUUGGUGAGGUCAUGAGUAUCGGUCGAACUUUCGAAGAAGCCAUACAAAAGGCCAUUCGCUCAGUUGACCCUAGCAAUCUUGGUUUCAACGAGACUCCGGCUCUCAUGGAAAUCGACCAGGAACUGCAAACACCUUCUGAUCAGCGACUGUUUGCCAUUGCCAACGCAAUGAAGGCUGGUUACAGUGUCGACAAGAUCUGGGAAAUGACCCAAAUCGACAAGUGGUUCCUUAGCCGUCUCAAGUCCCUCAGUGACUUUGAGAAGUCAAUGUCGAGCUACACCACCACCAGCAUCACCAUGCCGUUGCUGAAGCAGGCAAAGCAACUGGGAUUCUCCGAUCGUCAACUCGCCAAGUUCUGGGCCUCCAACGAGCUUGCCGUACGUCGCGUACGUGUCGAUGCUGGGAUUUUCCCCGUAGUCAAGCAGAUUGACACUGUUGCAGCCGAGUUCCCCGCGGUCACAAACUAUCUGUAUCUCACAUACAACGGUACCGAGAACGACAUCACUUUCAAUGACAAGGGUAUCAUGGUGCUCGGUUCUGGUGUAUACCGAAUCGGAUCGUCUGUUGAGUUCGACUGGUGCUCUGUCCGUGCUAUCCGCACUCUCAGGGAGCAAGGAUUUAAGACCGUUAUGUUGAACUACAACCCAGAGACAGUUUCUACCGACUAUGAUGAAGCGGACCGUUUAUACUUUGAGUGCAUCAACCUCGAGACUGUUUUGGACAUCUAUACCAUGGAGAACUCCAGCGGUGUUGUACUGUCCAUGGGCGGGCAGACUCCAAACAACAUUGCGCUACCACUGCACCGCAUGAACGUCAAAGUGCUCGGUACCUCGCCCGAGAUGAUCGACACCGCUGAGAACCGUUACAAGUUCUCUCGUAUGCUUGACCGCAUCGCUGUCGAUCAGCCCGCCUGGAAAGAACUCACGAGUAUCGAGGAGGCUACUGAGUUUUGUGAGAGGGUGUCCUACCCCGUCUUGGUUCGUCCCUCUUACGUGCUCUCUGGUGCCGCCAUGAACACGGUUUACUCAAAGCACGACUUGGCCAAUUACUUGAACCAAGCGGCAGACGUGUCUAAGGAACACCCAGUCGUCAUUACCAAGUACAUCGAGAAUGCGAAGGAAAUCGAGAUGGAUGCUGUAGCCAACAAGGGUACUAUGAUUGGUCACUUCAUCUCCGAGCACGUCGAGAACGCCGGUGUGCAUUCCGGUGAUGCUACGCUCAUUUUGCCGCCCCAGGAUCUUGACCCCGAGACUGUACGCCAAAUCGAAGAUGCAACAAGGAAGAUUGGUCAAGCUUUGUUGAUCACUGGACCCUACAACAUCCAGUUCAUCGCCAAAGACAACGAGAUCAAGGUUAUUGAGUGCAACGUUCGUGCCUCGCGAUCCUUCCCCUUCGUGUCAAAGGUUAUGGGUGUUGACCUGAUUGAGAUGGCUACCAAGGCCAUGGCUGGCCUACCCGUGUCCGAAUAUCCGCCAACCAACAUACCCGCGGAUUAUGUCGGUGUCAAGGUUCCACAGUUCUCCUUCUCUCGUCUCUCUGGAGCUGAUCCCGUCCUUGGUGUGGAGAUGGCGUCGACUGGUGAAGUCGCCUGCUUCGGUCGCACCAAGUACGAGGCUUACAUUAAGGGUCUCAUCGCUACUGGCUUCAGGCUGCCAAAAAAGAACAUCUUGCUCUCUAUCGGUUCUUUCAAGGACAAGCUGGAGAUGCUACCUUCUAUCGAACGCCUGCACAAGAUGGGCUACAACCUGUUCGCUACUGCUGGAACCGCCGAUUAUAUCCAAGAACACGGUAUCCCAGUCAAGUUCCUGGAAGUCUUGUCUAGUGGCGAACACGACGAGCAGAAGCAAGAGUACUCGCUCACACAGCACUUGUCGAACAACCUCAUCGAUCUGUACAUCAACUUGCCGUCAAGCAACCGCUUCCGUCGACCAGCCAACUACAUGAGCCGAGGAUACCAAACCCGUCGUAUGGCGGUCGACUACCAGACUCCUUUGGUGACCAACGUGAAGAAUGCCAAGCUGCUGAUUGAGGCCAUCGCUCGCCACUACGACAUGGAGAUCAGUAAGGUGGACUUCCAGGAGUUCGCUGCAGCUCCCGGAGCACAUGACGAGUCGUCUGGACAUAUGUCCAGGCUGAACGCCUCAUUGUCUCUGUCACAGCUCCUCGCAAAGUCUCCAUUCAAGAGGGAACACAUCACUUCGGUCAAGCAGUUCACCCGAGCCGACCUGCAUCUGCUCUUUACUAUUGCUCAGGAGAUGCGUCUUGGUACUCAACGACAGGGUUGCCUUGAUAUUCUCAAGGGCCGCGUCCUUUGCACCAUGUUCUGUGAGCCAUCUACCAGGACAUCGGCUUCUUUCGACGCUGCUAUGAAGCGUCUUGGUGGUGAAGUAAUCGUCGUCAAUGAGUCAGUGUCUUCCACGCAAAAGGGAGAGUCUGUUGCAGACACUAUCCGCACCCUGGGCUGCUACGGCGACGCUAUCGUUCUGCGUCACCCGUCCGAGGAGUCUAUCGACAUAGCUACCAAGUUCUCUGAUGUGCCUGUCAUCAACGCAGGUAACGGCAGCCGCGAGCAUCCGACACAGGCCCUUCUCGACAUCUUCACCAUUCGAGAGGAACUUGGAACUGUCAACGGCCUCAACAUCACCUUUGUCGGUGAUCUCAAGUACGGCCGCACAGUGCACUCCCUCUGCGAACUCCUCUCCCACUACGACGUCACUAUCAACCUCGUCUCGCCUGCGUCUCUUCCGAUGCCUUCCGGCGUCACGGACGCGCUCAAGGCUCGUGGACAACUCAAUAAGGUAUCGACUGAGUUGACAGAAGACAUUGUCGCCUCUUCGGAUGUCAUGUACUGCACUCGCGUGCAGAAGGAGCGCUUCCCCGAUGUGGCGACGUAUGAGGCAGUCAAGGAUUCCUUCGUCAUUGAUAACAAGCUGUUGAAGGGGGCCAAGGCAAACAUGAUUGUCAUGCACCCGCUGCCUAGGAACAACGAGAUUAACGAGGAGGUGGACUUUGACCCCAGGGCGGCGUACUUCAGACAGAUGCGGUACGGACUGUACACGCGUAUGGCGCUGCUUGCAAUGGUUAUGGCUCCUUAGUUGGACCAUGGUUUGUUGCCCAUACACGAUUUCAUGGCAGGCGUUGAAACGGUUUUUUCUUCUCACGAAAACGACUACAAGGCAACAAAAGUUUCUGUUCACUACUUUCCUUUUUGUUAUGGUUCGGGCUUAUACCACGACUAUUCACUUUAGACGACUAGAUAGAUUUAGUCCAAAAGCAUUUUCCA